UGACCUUACAGCCUACCUAUGGGAGAAGCGCCCUCAGCACCUCAGGCCGUCACUUCCAGCUGCAUUUUGGGAGAACAAUGGAGUCCAAGGUCUCAGAAGGUGGCCUGAAUGUGACCCUGACCAUCCGCCUGCUGAUGCAUGGCAAGGAAGUUGGAAGCAUCAUUGGGAAGAAAGGAGAGACCGUGAAGAAGAUGCGUGAAGAGAGUGGCGCAAGGAUCAACAUCUCAGAGGGAAACUGCCCAGAGAGAAUCGUGACCAUCACGGGCCCAACAGAUGCCAUCUUCAAGGCCUUUGCGAUGAUUGCAUACAAGUUUGAGGAGGACAUUGUCAACUCCAUGAGCAACAGCCCUGCCACCAGCAAGCCCCCAGUAACGCUGAGGCUGGUGGUGCCUGCAAGCCAGUGUGGGUCCCUGAUCGGCAAAGGCGGCUCCAAGAUCAAGGAGAUCAGGGAGUCCACAGGUGCCCAGGUCCAGGUGGCUGGGGACAUGCUGCCCAACUCCACAGAGAGGGCAGUGACCAUCUCAGGGACCCCAGAUGCCAUCAUCCAGUGUGUCAAGCAGAUCUGUGUGGUCAUGCUAGAGUCCCCACCGAAAGGUGCCACCAUUCCCUACCGCCCAAAGCCCGCCUCCACCCCUGUCAUUUUUGCAGGUGGUCAGGCCUACACAAUCCAGGGACAGUACGCCAUCCCCCACCCGGAUCAGUUGACCAAGCUCCACCAGCUGGCCAUGCAGCAAACCCCCUUUCCUCCCCUCGGACAGGCCAACCCCGCUUUCCCCGGAGAAAAGCUGCCUUUACACUCCUCCGAAGAAGCUCAAAAUCUGAUGGGCCAGUCAUCAGGUCUGGAUGCCAGCCCCCCGGCCAGCACUCAUGAGCUCACCAUUCCCAAUGAUCUAAUAGGCUGCAUAAUUGGACGCCAAGGGACCAAAAUCAAUGAAAUUCGACAGAUGUCUGGAGCACAGAUCAAAAUUGCCAAUGCCACCGAGGGGUCAUCGGAGCGUCAGAUCACCAUCACAGGGACCCCAGCCAACAUAAGCCUUGCCCAGUAUCUCAUCAACGCCAGGCUGACGUCUGAGGUCACCGGGAUGGGUGCGCUCUAA